AUGGCUUGGAUCCUGCUUCUGCUGCUGCCUGUAGCCUGUCUGCAAGCUGGGAACUCAGCAGGACACAGCAGAGAAAUUGACUUUGGGAUCAUCCAACCAGCAAAGCUCUCUGGUGUCCAGGGCAGCUCCAUCGAGAUCCCCUUCUCCUUCUACUUCCCCUGGGAGUUGGCAGAGGACCCGCAGAUGAGGAUAACCUGGAGAUGGAAGCACUUCCAUGGGGAAUUUAUCUACAACUCCACCCCGUCUUUCAAACAUGAGCAUUUCAAGGACAGGCUCGUCCUGACCUGGAUACAGGGUCGGACAUCCGGGGCCCUCAGAAUCCUGAACUUGAAGGAGAAUGACCAGGCCACGUACUUCUGCCGAGUUUCUCUGCAAACGACAAAAGGCAUGAAGAUGUGGCAGUCUAUUCCGGGCACCCAACUCAACGUGUCCACUGGCUCCAACACCACCUCUCCAGGCCUCAUCUCUACAUCUCUGGCACCCACCAGUAAGGGCAUGAAGGGCACAGAAGACACAGACGAUCCCGGGCCCUUGGAUCUGAAAACCACAAUAGGCGUGGUGAUGGCUGCUGUCGUACUCGUGGCUGGGGUUCUGGCAUUGAUCGUGUUCCUCAGGUGGAAGAGAAGGAAAGUGCAGAUCCGUGAUGGCCCCCUCUCAAGACCAGAGCCAGACUCUGAAGCUUGCGCUUAG